CCUCCCCCCUCAACCUCACCACCUCGUCCUUAAAUUCCUUCGCUCGCAGAGAAGCCUCAUUAGCUUCCUUCUAGAACCGCUCAACCCUUUCCUCUGCCUGCUUCUGUGCAUCCUUGGUGGUUGCAAGUUUAGAGUCCUUCUCCAAAAAAGCGGCCUCUUAUUCCUUGACAAUAUACUCCCUCAGCUCCUUCUUAAAUGCCUCCCGUACGUCAUUCAGCUGAGUUAGAAUAGGGUCAAGCGGGAACUGCAAACCCAUUUGGAUGUGUUCCACAUGGAUGAGGAUCCACCCACACUACAACAAAAUGAGUCUAUCCCGAGGGUUUUGUAGCAGGGGUUUGACGAAUCCUUGCUAGCGUUUCCCGGAACUCCCCUAGCAGCGGUAUAUCCAAAGGGUUAAAGAACCCUUGCUACAGGGUUAAGUACUUCCCGCAGCCAUUCCAAUUUUCAUUUACUUUCACUGUUUAUUAUCCUUUCAUGGGGUGAAAAAAUUAUUUCAGUUCGGAUCGAAAGAAAACAAAUCCCAAGUCAAGCUCCACACCGCUCUUCUAUCUUCUUCCCCUUCUUCUUCCAUAGCACGAAAAUCCCCAAUUAUUGUCGAAUGCGAAGCGAGGUCCAUAGCUGCGAGCUUUGCCGAUAGAUUCAGUCUAUGUGAGAUGAGAAGCUAGAAAUCCGAAGCAGCAGAAGACGAUGAAGGAAUAUGGAUCGACUCCCCAGUGCUUUUUCAAUUUUGGAGCUCAGCGUUGUCGCUACUUCUUCAUCUCCCUUCACUUCAUGCCCAAAUCUGCCGGUAACUCAUUCCGCUUCUGACGUCCUCCAUUUCCCCUCUUCUUCGUCCCCACGAAAUGGUUUUUAUGGAUAGGGAGCUUCUCUAUUUUCUGAUGCAUAAGUGGCUUCUCUGUUUUCCAAUGUAUAUGGAUACCGGCAUAUUGACUGUAGUCAAGCUUACGACACCAAGAAGGAGGUAACAUAAUUGAGCUUAAGGUGUUUGAUAUUUUGCCUCAUAGAGACAGAGGCCUGAACUUGCUUGCGCUCUGGUCUACUUACUGUUUUUGUGGCCUCUGAGCUCCCAGGUGGGAACUGUUAUGACUUCUGAAGAAGCUUUUCGAUGAGGGUGUGGUCAAGGCAGUGCGAGGGUUUCUUUGUUACUUCCAAACUCAGGUUCAUCUCUGUUCUCAAUAGAACUUUCCUGUAUAACAACCUAUUGAAGGAAAAGUCCAAUGAGCAAGCAAAUACUCAUAUAUGUUUGGAGUAUGUGUUUGAGUUGGGAAUGGUGAAGCCAAAAUCAUGUAGGCAACAAAAGAGUCAUCUAUGGUGAAAAUUUGAGGAUUACAAUAUUUUGUUUACUCUAGUUUCUAUUUAUGAUUACAAUAUCCAACUAAUCAGACCAAUGAUUCAUAAUUAGUUGAAGGAUUAGAUAGUUUAAAUGUUUGUUGGGUUCUUUUUGAUGAUCUGCAGUGAGCAUUAAUUAAUAUAUAAAAGCCUAGGUUACUACUACUGUUUAUUUCUAACCUUUAUCAAGAAAUUCUCAUCACGGGCUUCAGGAAGAGGUGAUAUUGAUUCAGCAACAGAAAAUAUUUGGCAUUAAAGUAGCACCAACCAGUUUGAUGCAACCUUGAAUUUAUUGUUCUGUAUACAACUUAAGUACACCGUUAGAUUUCCCUGACCCAAUUCUUUAAAGAGCCUCAACUCACAGGGCUCUUUAAAUGCCAUCAAGGUUUGAUAUGGAAGUAAGAAUUGUGGGGUUUCUGUAGCCAUUCGUAGAUGCAACCUCGAUUUAUUAUAUUUACAAGCUAAUUCUUCCAUUCCUUUCGUUUUUUUUAUUUUUUAUGCAGGUUAACCAACAAACGGCUUAACCUAUUAAAAAGAUUGCCUCUCAACAUAUUUUAGAUUUAAAUAUCAGGUCAAUGAUGCUUCUCUUCUAUUACCUUAUGCCUGCAUUGGAACUGUGCACUUGAUCAUCAUAUGAAUACCUUGGUUUCUCAUUCCAUUGCAUUGAAUUCUUUGUUGAAUGAUGUGAUAAGUUCAUAUGCUAUAUCCUAAAGAGCUUACUGCUGUCUCUCGCAUGAACUAUGCAUAAGAACAACACACAACAGUCGUAAGACAGAAGAGUCUUUUAGUGCUGAGAUUUCUUCAUCCAUCUUGUAAGUUUCUUCUACCAACGGCAGAUAGGGAGGCUCUUUCAAAUGCCUUAACAGUUUCAGUUAAAGUGUAUUAGUGGUUUAAGUGUAUGUGGGUUAUGGAAUUUUCAAUGUUUCACUUGAUCAUUCAUAUUUUGCAAUGUUCUAUUUUCCCUGCACGUGUCUUCAAGGAUACUUUCGCCAAAGGAAUGGAUGGGGUUCAGGGACCAUCUUUAUCUGGCUCUGGAUUCUAUAUCACAGGAGCGGCACUAUGUGUCAAUGUUUCAUAUAAAGAAAGCACUGUUGCCGGAAAACUUCACCGUCCUUGAUCGUGCAAUUUUCGAGCACAAUCUUCUAAAUGCAAGCAAACUAUACACUAAUAUAAGCAGAAGGAAAGCAAAGACAGUCAUACGACUAUGUUCUGAAAAUGAUGACCUAUUUAGAUUUCUAUUCAAGCAGUCGCUGUAGCUAGUUAUGGAUUGAAGGCAAGAUAGUUACUGAAAGAGAGCUCCAUAACAUUGACAUCAUUCUGACAUAAGUGGAUUUGCCUUCAAUAUCAGGACAUGUCCUCAUUCUAAUGAUGGAGCAUGAAAUCUGCAAAGACAUUCCUAUCGUAAGUAUGCUAAUCCUGACUCAAGAUUUUAAGUUAGUUGAUUUGGCUUAAGCAUUUGUGCCCUAUUAAAGUCGUUGACUUUGUUAAAUUGAAGAAUCGUGUUCUUGGUACGUGGUACUGAGGUAGAGUUGGAUCAAUCAUAGUGGUUGGUGGUUCAAGAAUGGAAAUUGGUGAACUUGGGAACAAUCUGAUGGUAAGUUUUAUUUGACAAAAGAUUGAUAAUUUCUCGUGGAUUCUAGCUUACCAUUAAUUACAACUGCAAGUUCAGGCUAGUUAUAUUGUCUCCUUUUAAUGGUUGAUGAUCAUUUAUAAUCAUUAUUAGUUCCUAUUGUAGUUGUUUUUUUGCAGGUAUGGUUGAUGGUAUGCAAUUGAUCUAAAUGGAAGGAGUUGUUGGCAGCAAAACCCAACUACAGUAUGGUACUCUACUAUGCUGCGGAUAGGUCAAUGAACAAAGAAUCCUUGUAGAAGUUUAUUGAUGGGACAAAUAUAUUUAGAGAUUCGAGAUUCAAGUUAUAAGCAUUUUAUCAUGUAAAUAAUAUUACUUUGGAUCA